AUGGACCUCACACGUCAGUUAGGCUUAGAAGAGGCUGGCGCUGGUGCCAUCAGAGGCUUGUUUACCAGGAAACAGGUGACGGUGUUCAAGGCGUCAUUGGCUACAAAAGACCGCCGGAUGGAGACUGUGCUGUAUUCCAGCGAGGAGCUCAAGGACGAUGAGCUGAUGUUGGGCGUACCAGACAUGAUUGCGCUAGGCAUCUUCGAUGCAUUUAAGUGCCAGUUCCAUGUGGAGAGCUGUUACAAGGUCAAUGCGGUGUCACUGGUGGAGGAGGAGAAGUCAGACCAAGACUUGUUGGCGGUGGCGAAGCGACUGAUAACAGAUAUGACGUCUCAUCUGGAAGGUGUUGUUAGAGAGAGACUUCGGGGUUUGUUACAAAAACAUUCGAAGUGUUGGUUGCAGCCAAGGACAGGCAGAACCCGGCAUAGUGUGGAGUUCGAAGUAGACGGGAAGCCGGUGAAGCAUACGUUGAAGCCGUUAAGACCAGAGUUACGAGAGGAACUAGAUAAGCAGAUAGACGACAUGUUGAGCAUGGGUGAUACAACCUAG